GGAUGUUGUGAGGGCAGGUUGUAGCGUUAUACGAGCUGCCCGUUCAAUGAGGAAAAGCGAGCCCGCUUCAUCGCUAGUCACACUGUGAGCUGGGCUGGCAAAGGCUUGUCUAAAUCGCCCUUUUUGUCUUAUCAAAUUGAGUCAACGAUCGCGUUUUUGUCAGAAACGAGGUCCCAGUUAACAUCACUGUAUAUUUUUUACGGACCGUCUGACAGGCCGUCAUCAGCAGCUGGCUUCGCGACAAACAUUAGCGGCUAAUAUAACCGACCGGCUAAUGUAGGCAGGUACCAUUCAAACACUUUUUGAGACGUCACCAUGAUAUUCAAAGGCCUGUGUUCUACUUGGAAUUCUGGAUUCUCCUUUGUGUAAUUGGAAAGCCGCUACUCAAGGGUAUAUGCAUGUCCUAGAUGCCGUGACAUAAAGGAAGGGAUCAUUCCAAGAUGGAGAAAAAGAAAAUGUGUCCCCGCCUUCUGGACUACCUGGUGAUUGUUGGAGCCAGGCAACCUAGUAGUGACAAUGUGGCCCAGACUCCCCAGCUCCUCCGCCGCUACCCUCUGGAGGACCACCAUGACUUCCCACUCCCACCAGAUGUAGUGUUCUUCUGUCAGCCAGAGGGCUGCCUGAGCAUACGCCAGCGCAGAGUAAGCCUGCGUGACGACACCACUUUUGUUUUCACGUUAACUGACAAGGACUCAGGAAUCACCCGCUAUGGAAUCUGCAUCAACUUCUACCGCUCUUUUCAGCGAGGGCACCACCGUAGUCGCGGGGACAAGGGCUCCCACGCAGAGAAUGUAGUGCAGGGGACUGAAACAGUUAGCGAGGGCUCUGACGGUGGUAGUGGAGCUCCACCUACCUCAUCGUUAGCUCCGCCCUCUGCCAGUACUGAUUCAGCAUCCCCGCCAACCUCUGGAGCAGAGACUAGACUACCUGGUGGUGAGCCAAGUGCUGGCAGGUCUCCACGACACAAACGAAAUGCUGCCAAGAUGGCAAACCGGAACCGCAAUAGCACUUUGACUUCUCUGUGCAUACUCAGCCACUACCCCUUCUUCUCCACCUUCAGAGAGUGCCUGUAUAUUCUAAAGAGGCUGGUAGAUUGCUGCAGUCAGAGGGUGACACAGCGCGCUGGGCUCCCCCGCGCCACCCAGAGGGACACCAUGUGGCGGGUCUUCACUGGGGCUCUGUCGGUGGAGGAGAAGGGAAGCCAGCUUUUGGCUGACCUGCGGGAAAUUGAGUCCUGGGUGUACCGGCUUCUGCGUUCACCAGUACCCAUAGCGGGUCAGAGACGUGUGGAUGUGGAGGUACUCCCUCAAGAGCUAAAGCUGCCACUUACUUUUGCCCUGCCCGACAACUCACGCUUCUGCAUGGUUGACUUCCCCCUCCAUCUGCCCCUGGAGCUGCUGGGUGUCGACGCCUGUCUUCAGGUGCUCAGCUGCGUCCUGCUAGAGCACAAGGUUGUCCUUCAGUCCAGGGAUUACAAUGCUCUAUCUAUGAGUGUCAUGGCCUUCGUUGCCAUGAUCUACCCUCUGGAGUACAUGUUCCCUGUCAUCCCCUUACUGCCAACAUGCAUGGCCUCUGCUGAGCAGCUUCUCCUCGCCCCCACACCCUACAUCAUAGGUGUACCAGCUAGCUUCUUCCUCUACAAGUCUGACUUCAAAAUGCCAGAUGAUGUGUGGCUUGUGGACCUCGACAGCAACAAGGUUAUAGCUCCCACCAAUGCAGAAAUUCUUCCACCUCUCCCUGAGCCCGAAUCAACUGAACUCAAGAAACAUUUAAAGCAGGCUCUGGCCAGUAUGAGCUUGAACACUCAGCCGAUCCUGAACCUGGAGAAGUUCCAAGAGGGCCAGGAGAUACCACUGCUUCCCCCUGGGCGAGAUAAAGCUUCCCCAUCCUCCACGGAAUUCAAUCCCCUCAUUUAUGGCAACGACGUGGACUCUGUGGAUGUUGCUACUAGGGUCGCCAUGGUAAGAUUCUUCAACUCCCCUAAUGUUCUGCAGGGAUUCCAGAUGCAUACUCGCACAUUGCGCCUCUUCCCCCGACCAGUAGUGGCCUUCCAAGCCACCUCUUAUCUUGCCUCUCGCCCUCGGCGCACCAGUUUUGCUGAGAAACUCUCUCACACUCAGUCAGUGGAGUUUUAUGGAGAGUGGGCUCUCAAUCCAAGCAAUCUUGCAUUUCAGAGGAUACAUAACAAUGUGUAUGACCCCUCUUUGAUUGGCGACAAGCCCAAGUGGUAUGCUCACCAGUUGCAGCCCGUGUUGUAUCGCGUGUAUGAUGGAAGCUCCCAGCUGGUUGAAGCCAUGGCUGGUCCAUUGAAGGAUGAGAGCAAUGACUCUGAUCCCACAGACAGUGGCAGUGACAGUGAGGCCUAUGAUGACUCCAGCUCUUCCUAUUCUUCACUUGGAGACCUUGUGAGUGAGAUGAUCCAAGGAGACAUCCAAGGAGACACACCAAGCUUGGAUCCACCCACACAUGCUGCACUGGGGGAUGCGAGUGAAGUUGAGUUCCAAGAAUUCCGCGAGUUUGGGGAAGGUCAUACUUCAGAGUGUCCAUCUAGUGGCGAUGGACCUACUGAUCCCUCUGAUGGACAGCCUCUUCGCUCAAGCUCCAGUACAACUGCGAGCUCUAGUCCCAGCACAAUUAUCCAGGGAGUAAACCAUGAGCCGAUCGAACCAGUCGAAAUGGAGGCCUCAGCCAGUGCAGCCUUACAGAAUCCAGUCCUGGGACUGGGAAGCCAGCCUUUCCCCAGAUCAACAGCUGAUGCUGCUCCAGCAGAUCCAGCCAACAAGAAACAAGAGUAUGACAACCCAUACUUUGAGCCUCAAUAUGGCUUCCCUACUGAGGAUGACCCCGAAGAGGAGCAAGUGGAAUCGUACACGCCUCGAUUCAACCAGAGCCUCAAUGGAAACAAGGCACAGCGUCCUUUACGUCCCAGUAGCCUGAGGCUCCCUGGGGAGUCUGAUGGAGAAGGAGACUCCCGCAACAGUUCUCCAAACUCCACCAUCUCCAACAACAGCAAUGAUGGAUUUGGAGGGCUCAUGUCCUUUGCUAGUAAUCUUUACAAGAAUCAUGGAACCAGUUUUAGCCUGUCCAACCUAGCCAUUCCCAACAAGGCAGCCAGAGAGAAAACCACACCAUUUCCAAGUUUAAAAGGCGCACGUGCACCCAGGGCUCUAGUCGACCAGAAGUCCUCAGUUAUCAAGCACAGUCCAACUGUGAAGAGAGAAUCGCCUUCUCCUCAGGGUCGUAUCAAUAACACCAGUGAGAAUCAGCAGUUCUUAAAGGAGGUGGUGCAGAGUGUUCUAGAUGGCCAGGGUGUUGGCUGGCUAAAUAUGAAGAAGGUCCGUCGCCUGCUGGAGAAUGAGCAGCUACGUGUCUUUGUGCUGAGUAAACUAAACAGAGCCAUCCAGUCAGAGGAGGAUGCCAGACAGGAGAUCAUACGUGAUGUGGAGGUCAGCAGAAAGGUGUACAAGGGCAUGUUGGACAUCUUGAAGUGUACAGUAUCCAGCCUGGAGCACUCUUACACGAAUGCAGGACUUGGAGGCAUGGCCAGUGUUUUCAGCUUACUGGAAAUAGCACGCACUCACUAUCAAACCAAAGACCCAGAAAAACGCAAACGAAGUCCCACAGACAGUGCUGGCAGCCCAGGGAGUAAAGAGAGCCCAACUGGUCGUAUGGAGAGUGCCAGACCUCAAGGCCUCCUGCAUGUACCUCACCUGCAGUUGCCGCACCACGCAACGGGCAAAGGAGCCCGCCAUUUUGAUACCCGCAGUCUGAACGAGGAGAACUUUAUUGCCUCGAUUGGGUCAGAGGGGGCAAAACAGCAACGCCCAGAUGCGACUGACACAGAAGAGAAGAAGUCACAGAUCAGUGCCGAUAGUGGCCUCAGUGUCACCUCAGGAUCACAGAAGAGUGACACAGAGUCUGUUACGAGCUCUGAGCCGCCAGUCCUGACGAGGAGCACCAGCCAAGACUCUGAGGCCAGCACAGUGAUAAGCAAUAGCUCUGGAGAAACACUUGGUGCUGACAGUGACCUGAGUAGCACAGCAGGAGACGGCCAUGGGGGGAGACCAGCACCACAUCUAAACCAAUCUAGAGGGACUCUCUCUGACAGUGAGAUCGAGACCAAUCCAGCCACCAGCUCAGUGUUUGGAAAGACCCAUAUGUUGAAACCAGGUACAAAGGAGCCCGUCAUGGCUAUGGCGAAGGGGCCUCCUGCCCAACCCAUGGAAGACAUCAGCAUGAGGAUCUACCUUUGCGAAGGCCUGCUCGGUAAGGAGCGCUCCACGCUGUGGGAUCAGGUGCAGUUCUGGGAGGAUGCCUUCUUAGAUGCUGUCAUGCUAGAGCGAGAGGGAAUGGGUAUGGACCAAGGACCUCAGGAAAUGAUUGAAAGAUACUUGUCACUGGGAGACCAUGACCGCAAGCGUCUAGAGGAUGAUGAGGACAGGCUGCUGGCCACACUGUUGCAUAAUAUGGUUGCCUACAUGCUAAUGAUGAAAGUGAACAAAAAUGAUGUCCGGAAAAAAGUGAGGCGCUUGAUGGGGAAAUCCCACGUUGGCCUCACACACAGCCAAGAGAUCAAUGAGUUAUUGGACAAACUGGCCCAUAUGAAUGGCCGUGAGCUGUCCAUCAGGCCUAGCGGAAGCCGACAUAUCAAGAAACAAACAUUUGUUGUGCAUGCUGGCACUGACACCACAGGCGACAUCUUUUUCAUGGAGGUCUGUGAUGACUGCAUCGUCCUGCGCAGCAACAUUGGCACUGUUUAUGAGCGGUGGUGGUACGAGAAACUUAUCAACAUGACUUACUGCCCCAAGACCAAGGUGCUGUGCCUCUGGAGACGCAACGGUCAGGAGACGCAGCUCAACAAGUUCUAUACCAAAAAGUGUCGUGAACUCUACUACUGUGUGAAAGAUAGCAUGGAAAGAGCUGCAGCUAGACAGCAGAGCAUUAAGCCAGGUCCAGAGCUGGGGGGAGAGUUCCCUGUCCAGGAUAUGAAAACUGGCGAGGGUGGACUCCUGCAAGUCACACUGGAGGGCAUCAACCUCAAAUUUAUGCACAGCCAGGUUUUCAUAGAGCUGAGUCACAUUAAAAAGUGCAAUACAGUGAAGGGAGUCUUUGUCCUGGAGGAAUUUGUUCCUGAAACUAAAGAAGUGGUGAUCCACAAGUACAAGACACCCAUGGCACAUCAGAUCUGUUACUCAGUCCUCUGCCUUUUUUCCUACGUGGCUGCCGUGAAAGGGAAGGAGUCGGGAGACAAGCCGAAGCUUCUGUCGCCGAGACCCCUUCCCAGCUAGUCUACGCCCCGUGCCCUCUCUCCCCUGCCCUCUAUGUGCCUCUCUAUUUGCAAUGGUAUCUUAAGUUGUAUGACCUCUUAGACUUUAGACAAUCCCCUACUUAGUUCAAAGCACACACCUCUUACCCCUUUACCCUAUCUGUAAGGCCUAAGAAAAUACCCUCACUAGACACCCCCCCAUACAUGUUGUUUUACCCCAGUCAAUGGCAUCAUGUAUAUAUUUUUGAGCCCCUUACACUGUCAUUAAGUCCAUAUGGACUUCAUGACAGUUGUAUGGUUGCCUGCUGUGUAAAUGGGGGAGAAAAGUGCCCCCCCUCCCUCCUCUCCAUUGUAACUGUACAGUCCUCUGUCAUUUCCGCUGCCAAUAUCCAAACUGUUGAUAAUGGGUAGGUGAUGCGAGGGGUGGGUCAUGAGGCACGGUGUGCAUGCAGGUCCCAUGCAUAGCCUUGAGAUGAAUUAGAGAAGCCCCCCCACCCACCACAGCCCCUUUACAUACACACAUACCUCACCUUCCCCUCGCAUGUCCUACUCCAUGUGACUAUGUGUGUGAGAUUCUCUGUGCUAUGUGGUACUGUAAAAUUCCAGUCUGUUCCAAGUCUAAGCUGGUGAAACAUAUAGAGGGCCUCUUGUAGUGCAGGAUGUCACCUCGUGCAAAAUGCUACUGUAUACUGCAUCAGAGCACCGCAUGUAAACGCUUCUCUACGGUUGCAUUGUUUGAACCCUCUGAUAACUGAGUGGUCUAAAAUGUGUGUUCUCUUGCCCUAGCUUGACCUAUAAGGCUAAAUUACUGUUCAAGUUCUACUGUAAAAUUACCUGUCUGUGGUCUGCUGUAAUAAAUUGCAUGUUAUGUUGAUGCCAAAUGAAUAUUAUAUAUAUAUUUAUAUAUAAUAUUUAUUUAUAAUAUAUAAAAUAUGUUGUACAUUUCUCAUAAGAAAAUGUUAAAAACUGUGGUUUAUUCACUAGAUGUGCAAUACUAAGUAGUUAGCCAUUGCCAGAGCCAGGUUACAAGUUAGUUUGUUUUGGGGUUUUAUUUUUGUUUGUUUAGUUUAAUAAACACAAGUUUUAUUGAAUUUCAAUUAUUUUAACCACAAUGUCUAAAUACAUGCAAGAGAGGGGAAGAGGGAGAACACACAUCUUGCUUUUCUUUGUCUACUUUCUUAAAAUACUGAGAAAAUGGCAAUGUGUGCUGGACUCCCUUCACCUCAAUCUUCAACUCCACUUUAAGCCAUGCCCAGCUCCUGAAUCUAGCUGUGCUAUAUGUAUAGCAUCUUUCUCCUUCUUCAGUCCUCUCUCAUUCUGUAGUAACAAACCACGGUAACACAGAUCACAGCACAGCACCAUACAGCCAUGGAGACGAGGAACGCCAGCCAGUGGGCACUGCUGAGGUAGUCUCCGGUGGGAGUGUACAGAGGCAGCGUGGGCAUCAGGUCUCUGUUACAAAAGUCUGUGUUGCAGCACUCUAUAUAGUCCUCCUGGUCUGGGCCCGCGGAGAGUCCUUACAGCCUGAGGUGAGGAUGGCCUCUCCAUGCUCAUCUUAUUCAGUGAUGGCAAAAAACUGUCUGUUGGUCUGGCAGGUGCUGGCAUUCUCAGGACAAUGUCCUGAGCAAUAGCAGCUGAGGAAGCAGGCAGCAUCCUCUGGGGCCACUGUGGAUUCCUCUCUGGGCCAGCGGGCCUCAGAUCUCACCCCAGUCCUCCGAAGCACGUGGUCUGGGUUCUGUCCUGCGGCUUCAGUGCUGCCGGCAAACAGUAGCCCUGUUCCCACCGGGGCCAAACAAAGAGGUAGACUUAAUAUCAUGGCUCAGGACAGACACUGGUAGAUAAAUACUGAUCUGGUUAGUGCUGGCUCAGGUUUUUGGCUGCGCUGGGAAUGGGAGACGAGUGGGCAGGUCAGACAGCCCUGGUGCUGGGCUGAAAGGAGAUCAGCCGUGAAGAUGGAGACACUUCAGGUUCUCAGGCAGAAGAGGAGAAUGGGAGCAUAGAAAGAUCAACGUCAGAACCUUCUCCUUGUCACUGGCUCCACAACCCUCUUUCUACCAUUGAUGUGCUUCUACUUUUGAAAAAAUAUUUCCACUGAGUAUUAACAUCCAGAUCUUCUGGAAGAUCGUAGUCCUGAGGCUGAGUUGGUUUGUUUUGGUUGGUUUGUUACAAGUUAUAAUUUGACUGGCUUUCACAGCGUGAAGAAUGUCAGAAAGGACUUCAUUUUUCUACAGUGUCUAUUGACUGAAGUGAAUAAGAUGACUUAAGUGUGACAUGGUUGUGUUUGGAGUUUUUUUUGUCUUGCAAAAGUGCGAGCCCCUCCCCCGCUGUCAAGUCCUGCUGUAGUGGUUUCGUCCAUGGGAAGAUGCAUUGAGUCUUAAUGUUUAUUGCGUACUGUAAUAGAGAACUGUUGAAUCUGGUGUCAUUGCUGUCCCAUUAACUUUCACAGAGUGAGUGUGUACAGAUCUGUGCAUUCAUGUAACUGAACUGGUUGUUUCUCUAGCUCAGCAAUAUCAAUUUAGCUAUAUCACUGGAAGAUGUGUUUUUUUUUCUUUCUAGAUCAUGGUUACGUGGCUUUUCUUUUUAAUCAAAAUGUGCAACAGAAAAUAAUCAGGGUGGCCACAAAAUCCGAUUAUUUUAGACAUUCCGCCGAAGAGUAACACCAAUACACGGGUGUAAAUAGGAAAGACCCAAGUAAUUUUUAGCAUUGCUAAAAUGGUUUGAGAAUGGGACUACCGAAGUUAUAAGAUCAUUGUGAAACUGAAUUACUAGACUCAUUCCCAUCAUUGUACUCACCUACUGCUGUAAAGAGAGGGAAUAAAUGAGAUGCCAGGUGUAAGUAUUUCAGUAUUUGAAAAAAAAGUAUUUAUAGAACAUGUACAGCUUUGGCAAUACCAUAAUAAAGAUGUCCCAAAUGAAACCUUUAUUUUGUUCAUUGCACUUUUUUUCUUCAUCUUUUGUGCUAAAUUUGCUUAUGCAUCUAACAUGCACUAUGGAAAGAAUAUAAGUUGGGGACAACAGAAUUGAGAGCUCGGAUGAUCGAACAGUGUGAUUAACCUCAACCAGUCAAGCCUAAACCAGCUGUGUGUGAGGCGAUGGCAGGGUGCAGAAUUCAAAUCCUAACAAACGUCGAAUGACAUGCUUUCUCUACAAACCAUUUAAAAGUUAUCACAGUAGACUCUACAGAAAUGUCAUCGCUUGUAUUCAGUCACCAUACGUUGCUGACGAGGAUGACUUGGUUAGUGUAAACGUCAUGACUUGUGCCUGCGUGUAUGUUUACCUGCACCUGUACUGUGCUCUAUGUGUUGCUGCACCUGUGCGUCUCUGUUGACGUGUCCGAGCA